UACGAAAAUAUUAAUUAGCACUCACCGUAGAUUAGUCUCGUUCAAUAAAAAAACGAGUAUAUCACGUAGAACUGUUGUGUUGUGUGGUUGUUUCAAUUCCGGGUAAUCAAAAUUCUUCAGCACCAUGGCGGUUCACAUCUUUCCAGCUGCAGCAGCUCUUGUAGUAGGGCUACUCCUUGCGGGCGAUUUGGGCGCCGGCGGCGUACAGUAUUGCAGCCUAAUCCCGGCCACCAUCGAUCCAUUUUUCCCGACCUACGUUGACAGCCUUCUUGACGAGCUGGUUGUCAAUACGCCGAACAAGGACGCGGACGCUUCUUCGGGCGACACGAGGUUCGCCUCGAUGUUCCCGUUAAUGGACGGUAACGGCGGCGCCAGGGGCGAAGCGACUUGUUACAGUGGCGUCACCGGAGAUAGCUGCAAGCAAUGUCUGACGGAAGCGCGACCGUACGUCAGUCAAUGCAGAAACUACACCACCGGCGGAGCUAAGUACGACGGUCGAUGCAUCAUUCAGUUCUGGGAGCUCUCGCCUUAAUUAUUAAAUAAUAAUGUAUCGAUCGAUGAUCCCUAUGAAGUGAUGAUCACUCUUCCUCGUGUAUUAGUUCGUACUAGUGUUUGAGUACUAUGCAUGGAUUUUAAUUACUGCGUUGUUGUCGAAUGUAUAAGUUGAAUAAGUAACCUAAUAAAGGGAGAGAUUUGGGAGUUGUGGAAAGUACAAUGUGUGAGGGGCCUAAGGAGUUCAUUAACCUAUUUCAAAAUAGAUAAUAAUUAUCGUAUCGUCGUAGCUGAUUUCGUGAAGUUGUGGAAGUUAUGAAAGCGUUUUGUCUCAACUCGCCGUUAUUCGAUGGAUUCUAUGAAAAGAGUGGAAAUAAUCCAUCUAUUCAACAACCAUCUGAUGGAAAGACUAAUUAAUACACAUUUGAAAAAAAAUCAUGAUCUACAUGUUGGGAUGAUGAGUUUCGUUCUCGCGCCACGCGAAGGAAGUCAGGGAAAGGAGGAGAGAGGCGAGGUACUGGUCUGGACUUGUCGUCGCGUCUGAAUGGGUGAUGGUGAACGUCGAUGCAGCAACAAUCUAUUGAAAGAGAGGGUUCGGGAUAAGGGUUGGUGGCGGGGGAUUCCAAUUUCCAACUAUGUAUAUUGAUUAUACAUGAUACGUGCUAGCUAGCGGCGAAGGAUUAUUCCAAUGGUGUAAUGUCGAUUAGCAGUCUAACGAUACCAACCUAUACUAUAUAAUUUGAUUAACAGUGAUAUGCUCGAGUCUCUAUAAAUUCUCCCAUAAAUA